GCUCCUCCCAGGAAGCUGCGGCCGGAGCCUCCUGGAGGCGGGGGCGGGGAGCAUGGGCGCGGGCAUAGCCCCGGCGGUCGUGCCAGUCUCUCGCCGCGCCGGGGGGCCUGGCCCAGCUUGAUGCAGGUUCCUGCCCACAGCCGCGGGGCAGUGGGAGCUGUGGCAUGCUCAGGAGAGCAGGGCUGUCACUCUGUCACUUCUCGCUGGGGAGGAAGAGCAGCACUGCAAGGAGCUCCCACUCCAGCCAGGCAAAAAUGUCAAAGCCAGUGCAAGCUCAGAGGCUGGAGGGGAUAGAUAAGAAUAUCUGGGUGGAGUUUGUACAGCUGGCUGCCACCUACUCCAAGGUGAACCUGGGCCAGGGCUUCCCUGACUUCCCCCCGCCAGACUUCCUGAAGGAUGCGUUUGUGAGAGCCGUGAGCGGGCAGAGCCAGGCGCUGCACCAGUACACCCGAGCCUUCGGACACCCACCUCUGGUGAAGGUCCUAGCCCAGUUUUUUGGGAAGCUGCUUGGACGGGACCUGGAUCCCAUGACCAACGUGAUGGUGACUGUGGGCGCCUACCAGGCCCUUUUCUGCUGCUUCCAGGCUUUUGUGGAGGAAGGUGAUGAGGUGAUAAUCAUUGAGCCCUUCUUUGACUGCUAUGAGCCCAUGGUGAGGAUGGCUGGGGGCACACCCGUGUUUGUUCCACUGAGGCUGAAAGCUCCAGAAGCUGGCAGGUUGAUGUCUAGUGCAGACUGGGGGCUAGACCCGGCUGAGCUGGCUUCUAAAUUCAGCGAGCGGACAAAAGCCAUCGUCCUGAACUCACCCAACAACCCUCUGGGCAAGGUGUUCGGGCGCAGGGAGCUGGAGGCCGUGGCCAGGCUGUGCGUGCGGCACGGAGCGCUGUGCUUCAGCGACGAGGUCUACGAGUGGCUGGUGUACGACGGCAGGCAGCACCUCCGCGUUGCCAGCCUGCCGGGGAUGUGGGAGCGCACCGUGACCAUCGGGAGCUCCGGGAAGACCUUCAACGUCACCGGGUGGAAGGUGGGCUGGGCAGUGGGACCCGACCGGCUGCUGCGGCACCUCCGCACCGUGCACCAGAACUCCGUGUACCACUGUGCCACAGCUGCACAGGAGGCUGUGGCUCAGGGUUUCCAGAGGGAGCUUGAGCUGUAUGGGAAACCAGAGAGCUACUUCAUGCAGCUGCCCAGGGAGCUGCAGCAGAAGAGGGACUAUCUGGUGCAGAGCCUGGCUGCCGUGGGCAUGAAGCCCAUCGUCCCUGAGGGGACCUACUUCUUGGUGGCAGACAUCUCCGAGUUCAAGUCUGACGUCCCUGAGGACCCCAGCUCCGACGAGCCCUACGACUCCAGAUUUGCCAAGUGGAUGGUCAAGAACAAGGGCCUGGCUGCCAUCCCGCUCUCGACGUUCUUCUGCAACGCCCACAAGAGCAGCCACAGCCACUUCCUGCGCUUCUGCUUCGCCAAGGAGGAAGGCACUCUGAAGGCAGCAAACGACAUACUGCAAGCGUGGAGACGGGAGAAGAGCAGCCCCUGAGUGCCCUGGAGCGGGAACCAGGCUCUCCCUGGGCCUCGCCUGCCGCCGCCUCCUCUGCCUGGCUGCAGACUUUGGUCUGUCCUCGGUUUUGUGCUUCCAGCUGUGUUUUGUGUCAGACAUGGCUGAGAGGUUUGCCAGGCCCAGGCUCUGGGGGCUGCUGUCUGAUGCUGUGAAAUGAUUUUGCUGUCCCUUGCAAAACGGUGAGGCUGGCUCCUGGGCUCUUCUCCAACGGCUUCUGAAGGGACACUUCAGGACCCACUUUUGGGGCCAUGCUGGGGGUGCUGUGGCCUGUUUUGUUCCACCCACAUCCACAAUCCCCACAGUGCUGUGCAGUGUCACUGCUUGCUGGAAGGUUGAUUUCUGUAACCCAGAGAAUUACAAACCCAGGGAGGUGGCUGUGUCUUUAUUGGGUAUAUUCUUUACCUCCUGGGAAGGUGACCACAGAGUCAGCAGCAGCUUCUCCCUGGGAAACGGCACUCACAAAUAGCCUGGCCCUUGCCAAGCCUUCCCUGUGCACCCCUACACCACCCCUGUCACUUUGUUAGGGCUUGGCAGCACUGCCAAGGCACAGCAACACCUUCAGACAGUGGCAGGAGAA